AUGCCUGGGCCCAUACACCCUCAGAGUCCCUUGAUCCUCACACUCACCCUCGACAAGGCGUCUCACAAGUUCUUGACCGAUCUUCGCUCAAAGUACUUUCCAUCGUCCCGCAAUUUCCUGACGGCUCAUGUCACACUCUUUCACGCCAUCCCGGCCCAUCGAUUCGGUGAACUGGAGGAGCGGUUAGAUCGUAUCUGUGCGGAACAACAAGGUUGGGAUGUGUUCAUUGGGGAGCCUGUCAAGAUGGGUAAUAGGGGAGUGAUGGUGAACCUUCGAGAGCGACCAUCAAAUACGACCCCUCGAAUUCAUCAACAGCUCUUGGGCUUCCUAAAGGAAGGCGUGAACAACGAGCAGGAUCGUUUGACGAAUCAAGACCUUCAGCCCAUGAAACGACCGCACGUGACAGUGCUCAACAAAGCUUCGGAUGAAGAACAAGUGGAUACUUGUCUGAGCGAGGUGACCAAGUUGUUUGAGGAUAUGAAGCAAGAAGGGCAAGCGACAGGCCAGUAUAAAGGUAGAGCGGUGGGGUUCGAGCUGUAA